CUGAUCAUGUCCAGCGGCCAAAUAUGGAAGGAACAACGAAGGUUCGCUCUAACCACGUUAAGGAACUUUGGCUUAGGAAAGAAGAGCUUAGAGGAGCGCAUCCAGGAAGAAGCUCAACAUCUUGUUGAGAUCAUGGUAGAGGAGAAUGGACAGCCUUUCAACCCUCACUUCAAGAUCAACAAUGCGGUUUCCAAUAUAAUUUGCUCUAUCAUCUUUGGGGAGCGCUUCGACUACCAGGACAGUCAGUUUCAGGAGCUGCUGAGCUUACUGGAUGAGGUUACUCACUUGGAAUCGGCGCCUCUGUGCCAACUCUACACUCUCUUUCCACGGAUAAUGAAAUACCUUCCUGGACCUCAUCACACUCUCUUCAGGGACUGGGACAAACUAAAAUUGUUUGUUGCUCAAGUGAUUGAAAACCACAAGAAAGACUGGAAUCCUGAUGAGAUGAGAGACUUUAUUGAUGCUUACCUCAAGGAAAUGCACACAAACAAGACCGCUUCAAGUUUUGAUGAAAAAAACCUCAUCUAUAGCACUUUGGACCUCUUUUUUGCUGGGACUGAAACAACAUCCACAACACUGCGCUGGGGUCUGCUAUACAUGGCCCUCUACCCGGAAGUCCAAGAAAAAGUACAUGCUGAGAUUGACAGAGUUGUUGGCCAGAAACAGCAGCCAAGCUUGGCCAACCGAGAGUCCAUGCCCUAUACCAAUGCUGUCAUCCAUGAGGUACAGAGAAUGGGCAACAUCAUUCCUGUGAAUGCUCCCAGGGAAGUGGCUGUUGAUACCACUUUGGGUGGAUACCACCUGCCAAAGGGGACCAUGAUUCUGACCAACUUGACAGCGCUGCACAGGGACCCCACAGAGUGGGCCACUCCAGAAACAUUCAACCCAGAGCAUUUUCUGGAGAAUGGACAGUUUAAGAAAAGAGAAUCAUUUCUACCUUUCUCACUGGGUGAGUUAUGA